CCAGCCCUGAAUCUCGGCGAUCCCGACAGACGCACAGAAAUCUAGGGACGCUAGGACCAGCGUUCCCGCCAGGUGGCCCCAGCGCGGGCCCCUGUUUUCGGGGUGGCGAGUCCGGGGUGCGGCGCUAAGCCCCGCCUCGGUGCUUGGUGCGGGCCGCCGGCCAGGGCCAGGCCACCAGCGGCCUGGCGGACUCCAGGAGCGGGGAGCGGAAACAAGCCGGCUCGGGACAGAGGAUUAACAAAGGCAGGACCGGCCGCCCCUCGCAGCGCGCACGCAGCGCUGGGCAGAGCCCCCUGGCGGGGGAGCUCGCGGGUCGCACCUGCAGACAUGGCCCACUGUGGGGCAGAUGAGCCCUCCUCAGAGAGUCUGGUUGGCGAAGGUCAGAGCCUUGAAGACAGAUCCUUGCUUCAUCAGAGCCUGGCCACCAGGGAGCUCAUAGACACCGAGGUCUCCUAUUUGCACAUGCUCCAACUCUGUGCCUCGGACAUCAGGAGCCGUCUCCAGCAGCUGCCGCAGGGAGAUCUGGAUGUCCUGUUCUCCAACAUCGAUGAGAUCGUCCAGGUGAGCAGCAGAUUUCUGCAUGGUCUGCAGGAGACAGCGUCCCAGGAAGAGGAGCAAGUGUACCUGAUUGGUAACUUAUUCCUGGAAUUCCAAGAGGAUUUUGAGCAGGUCUAUAAGGUCUACUGUGCCAACUAUGAGCAGGCCCUGCUGCUGUUGGAAGCAUACCGGAAGGAGCCAGAGCUGCAGCAGGAGAUCCAGAGCAUCGUUCAGACCGUGCUGCCACAAGCUGGACCUUCAGGCCUCAGUUUCAUACUGGUAAUUCCUCUGCAGAGGAUUACCAAGUACCCAUUGUUGCUGCAGAAAAUCCUGGAGAACACACUCCCUGAUGCCAGUGCCUACCCCGUCCUUCAGAGGGCAACCUCUGCCCUCCAGGACGUGAAUGCCAACAUCAAUGAGUACAAGAUGCGCAAGGAAGUGGCCUCCAAGUACACCAAAGUAGAGCACCUGACCCUCCGGGAGCGGCUGGCUCGAAUCAACACACAUACCCUCUCCAAGAAAACCACCCGGCUGAGCCAGCUGCUGAAGCAGGAGGCGGGGCUGGUGCCCAGGACAGAAGAAGAUAAGGAAUUUGAUGACUUAGAGGAGAGAUUCCACUGGGUGUCUCUGUGUGUGACAGAGCUGAAGAGCAACGUGGCUGCUUACUUGGAUAACUUGGAGGCUUUCCUUCGCUUCCGGCCUCAUGAAUGUGACCUGGACAUCCCCAGUGGGCCUGCGGUGCAGUACUGUAGCCUGGCCAGAGACCUCCAGCGUGAGGCCUUCCUGGAGUUUAAGCAGCGGCUAGAAGGCCUGGUGUGUCAGCCACUGGACAGCCUGGCCAAAGCCCUGGUUGGCCCUCAGAACCUGAUCAAGAAGCGUCUAGAUAAACUCUUGGACUUCAAGAGGCUGGAAGAGAAGCUGCUAGAGGUGGGCAGUGUGACCUACGAGGAGGAGGCAGCCCGGCACACGUACCAGGCCCUGAACUCCCUGUUAGUGGCUGAGCUCCCGCAGUUCAACCGACUGGUGGUGCAGUGGCUGAGCCAGAUCCUGCGCACUUUCGUGGCCCUGCAGAGGGACCUUGCAAAGCAAGUGCUACAGAGGGCAGAGGGCAGCAUAGCCCAGCUGCCCCAUCACCACAUGGCGGAGCCGGCCUUCAGGAAGCUGGUGGAGGACACGCUAGGCCAAACCGGUAGCCAGCUUCGUUCCUUUCAAGAGAACUUCGAGAAAGUGCUGCCGCCUCCCUCCUCACAACCACUCCUCCCCGGCUCUGAGCACCAGGUGCAGGCUCUUCUGAGCAAGUACGGCCCCGGGAAGCUUUACCAGGUGACGAGCAACAUCAGCGGGGCAGGGACUCUGGACCUGACACUGCCACGGCGCCAAGUCGUGGCCCUCCUUCAAAACAAGGACACCAAAGGCCACAGCAGCCGCUGGCUGGUGGACACAGGAGGACAUCGGGGCUAUGUGCCAGCUGGGAAGCUGCAGUUUUACCACGUCAUUCCCAAUGAGGAGCUCAGAGGACAGGCGAGGCAGCGGCGGGACUCCCACCAUCUGGCACCAGAGCCUGCCCCAACCCCAAUGCCCUCUGUCCCUGCUGUGACCCAGCGUCGUUAAGGAUUAAAUGAGGCAAUGGGUGAAAGCGGUUGUGGAUUGUACCAGCAGUGUUCCUGACCUACGCACAUCAGUGGAACGUGUGUCUGUGACCACCAGGCGGCAGCAGCGCUCUUCCAGCCCUCCAGAGAGGGCUGGGAAGAUCUGGGAUCAAAUUGAAAAGCCCUGGAGGAAGAAACACCAAGUGAGAGACCCUGGGGGCGCUGCGCUGGACCAGAGCCCACCUCCCCUGACCACUAAGGAGCUGCAGCGUCCUGGCUCCAGCCAGCUACCACCACGUCUGAACGUGUGCCCAGCAGUAAAUCAGACAUUCUGAUUUUUCCAGAGAAGCCAGAAACCAGGGGUUUGGUUUUGUUUUAUGAAAUCUGUGUGGACAUUGUGUGAUCUACAACAGGCCCCUCUUUGCAUCAGUGUAAGGUGACUGUCCCCUGUGAGAAGCUCUGAAGAAGCUUUAUCUAUGCUGAGGAAUGCCUUCAUGUAUCCUCGUUACUUUAUCAGCAUUAAUGGCUUUCCUUAGAUCUCUGGGAAACGUUGUUUCCUUUUAUGUUACUGUUCCUGUUACAUUAUUUCAAACUUCUGUUAGAGAGUGAGUUGUAUUUUCUCACCUGUCAGUGCAGUGUGGCCCCCCCAGUGCCCGUCUCCUGAGAUCCUUUAGAGCAGUAAGUUAGAUAUUGAUGUAAAUCACUUAGCCCUGCACCCAGCUCAUUAAUGCUCCGUAAGCAUAGUGAUCCUUCUUAUGGGGACUUCAGAAGACGUGCAGGAGAGGUGAAGGGCUUAUAGCCCUGUACCACCCUGCACGUGAGAUGGUGACAAGACCUGGCCACCUCCCUGCGUGGGAGCCCCUGGUCUUGUGUGCCUGCCCUCAGUCUCAGGGACCUGGGCACUGCUGGGGCCUGAGUGGAAGCUGAGGUCUACGCAGCAGCUGCAGGUAUGAGACAGCCCUGAGCCCUGGGCCAGCUGGGCCAAAGGCAGCACAGGAGUUGCGGCCAUCUCUCCUUUGCAGCUCCUUCUCUGGAGGGAUUUUGCUUGCUCUUUUUCACAUUCCUGCCAUUUUGCUCUGCUCCACACUGCAGGAAACGGCAUUUCCCAGGCUGCCGUGGCUUCUGGUGGCCUGGUAGGUGGGAUCCAUAGGAGACACUGGCCGCGGGAGAAGCAAAGAUAGUUUCCUCCCUGUCUGCUUCAAGUAGCAUUCCGCCAGGGGCAAGCGUCCUGUGGCCCCAGCUCCCUGGAUGGCCCUCCCGUAUGGCCCCAGUGCUGACGGACAGAACUGGCUGUACUUUCAGAGCCUGCUUGGUGGCCCUAGAUGCUGAACACCAGUAACAGUGCCUCCGCCCUCUAUGUCUCCAGCCCAAGGACUGUAAUGUCUCUUUGCUAUUGAUAAUCUCUGGGGUCCUCCUCAGAUCUUCCUUCACUCGUUUAACCCAUUCCUUAUAUUCAGUUCCUCUCUUCAAAAGCAUGGACUGGUUUCUGCUUUCUGUUCGCACAGUAGCUGCUAUUCCAUGCAGGAGCCUGGGGUGCAGGGAAGGGCUGGGUCCUGCCCCUCAGGCUGCCCAGCCUUCACAGAGGACUGGUUUGUCUGCACAGUCCCUGGUCAGGGGACUGUCUGCCCUCCCCACACAGAGCUCUUGAAAGUGUCUGCAGCCACAGACAGCGGAGUGGUCCAGACAGGCAUGGAGGAACUCCAAGACCACUGGGAAGAACAGAGCUUUGGGCAAGAGCCAGGCUCUAAAGCCAUGGAGGAGGAGGAGGAGAGGUGGGGAGUGAUUUUCCUGUCGUGGUAUCUGAAAAAUAUCUACCUCUGGCCCCGCCUCGUAAAGGGCAGCAAGCCCCAAGCCUGGGAGACAAGAAGUGGAGUGGGGCUUCUAGCCAGAGAGAGGCUUUCUUGAUUCUGGGGUCUCAGGGCUCUGAGAACCAUCAGCAGAACCUGCGGUGUGGGACUAGACCAGCAUGUUGAUAGCACUAACCACGGCUUUUCUUUGCUACUCACAGGGCUGCUGGAGGGUUACGUGAGAGAAUUCACUUUGCAUGAUUAAUUCACAGCUAGCACAUAGGGAGCUCUCAAGAGCUACAAGCUCAGAAAAAAAAAAAAUCAAACUCAAUCCUCAACCUUAGCAGCCUUUGUGGAUCUCUUUCAGUAGGCAUCUCAGGAGACGACUAAUUGGUACUGUGCCCUAGCGAAGAGGUCUGGGGACACAUAUCCAAUUGCCAGGGCUGGAAGGGGCCAAAUCAGGUGAAGGAUCAGUGGUGGUGGGGCAUCAUGAACUCUGAGUACUGUCCCCAAGGGUAAAGGGGGAGGCGGAGGAGUCUAGCAGGUGGGCAGAGCCCCACAGAGACACUUGGGGACUGGCCUCACCUAGCAUCCAGGGGGGACAAAGUUCAAAGCCCUGUCAGAGUAUGGACAGCAGAAGUCAGUCUUUGGCUGGAGUUCAAAUACAAGUCUCUGGGGACUCAGGCCUCUUAAAGACACAGAGGUCAUGGCCGGAAGCAGGAUUGAGAACUGGAUUCAAGGGUGGGGUUCAGCUCUAAGUGAAAGGGACUUUGUCCUGGGCCCUAGGGAGACCUGAGAGAGCGUCUAGGGAUCAAGUAGUCGGGGCAGUCAACUGCAAGAUGCUUGAGUUCAAAUCCUGACCCCACAUCUACCAGCUGUGUGACCUAUGUGAAACAAGUUACUUAGUUCUCUCUAAAACCUCACUUUCCUCUUUGUGGGAAAACCAGGAAACAAUCCUCCCCAAAGAGUUGUUGGGAUGUUGACAUGGCAUAAAACAUGGAGCGCACUAGGCACUGGAUCUUGUAGGUGUAAGAGCUCAGUAAAUAAUUGAUCCUUAGCCAUACAAACCAGUUGUGUCUGCAGUCCUCCUGCUAAACUUUGUAGCUUCCCCGUGAUCCCUUGAGGCCCACGUGUUCUGUUCUCUGCACUAACACUCCAGCCUUUUGCCCAGUGCUUGUGUACCUGAUCCCUCUCCGCCUGCAGUCUGAAAUACCCUACCCUGUGUAAAGAGUGCUUUCAAAACCAAAGGCACGUAGAUAGUUUCAGCGGUCAAAGGUUCCUCCCCUGGGAACGGAACACUGACCAUGUCCUCAGAUACUCUUUGGUGAUUAGAGCCAAACAUUUUAUGAUUAAUUUUUUUUUGUACCAUGAAUUGAACUCAGGACCUCGUACUUGCCAGGCAGGCGCUUGUGCUGCUGAGCUAUAUCCCUGACAGAGUCAGCCAUCUUGAAAUACUCCUGCCUCUCAGAAGCUUCUCCAGACUGCUGAGGCAGCAGUUGUAGACAGACUUGCUGGUAUGGUGGUGGGUGGUUUUAGGGGUACUUCUUUCUACUUUUAAAUUUUUAAAAAAUUUCUGAAUGUUUUUAUUUCAAAUUCCUUUCACCUUUUCCCCUCAAAAAGUAUGGGUCAGAACAACAGCCAUAAAAUAUAUAGAGAGAGACACACACACAGAGGAAAAUCUUAAUACCCAUCCCUUUCCCAUUCACACACUCCCUACCCCAUCUCCCAGGCCAGAGAUUCCAAGGUGUGGCGCUUCUCCUAUGAGACAUGUGUCCCUCAGCCCAUUUUGCGAAUCACAGCCAAAAGCACUUUCUCUCCAUUUACUCUCUGUAGUUUGUGUUGUAAAGAUAAUAUGCUUUUUGUUUUUCUUAACAUAUUUUAAAAUAGCUGUAUG